AUGAUCAGCGCCGACCCGGACGAUGACUCGCCCACCAGCAGAGUUCUACUAGUGGAGCAGAUCCAGGACCAAGAGUUGGACAUAUCAGAUGAAGGAUGCAGUCCCUGCUCGUGUCGGGCUGGGAAUGUUUCGACUGCUCUUGGUAACGCCCAUGUCGAUCAUCUGGCCAGUCCUGCGACCGUCUGGAUGCAUACACUUUUGCAGCGUGGGCAAUCUACAGCGUCCGUUGAGGAUGGUAUGGUGAGCGAUAUCCUUGUCUACAGUCUACUACGCUGGAUGUCGUUAGCUGCCAUAACGCCAGACACACCAUCGACCCUCCACAAUGGCGUGCUGGCCGGUCGAUUUAAAGAUGCAAAACGACCGGGGUACAGACCGGAUCGGACGAAUCUAUUGGAGGCGAAUCCCGGCUUCAUGCAGUGCGCGCUGACCAACGACGUCGCAAAGCUGCCCGACUGGCAGUGGAGCGCGCGGGCGAGUCGCCAGCGCCAGGACCCAUUAAUCGACCUUUAG